ACAGGAUCCGUUCCGUUUUAAUUGUAAUGGUAUGGUAAUGGCAACUUUUUAGUUUGUUGUUGCUUGUCGAAUAAACAGACAUUAUAAUUGUAAAGUUGUUUUUUGUUUUAUUUUAGCCAAAAACUAUAGUUAUACCUCCACAACUUAUUGUACUAAAUCUAAAACUGUUGAUAAAGAAUAACUUAUAUUUCACACAAGGUUAUACAAAUGGCAGGCUUAGAAUCUAUGGUAGCAGAAGAGGUUAAGCCAAUCGACAGAGAAAAGACAUGCCCUUUAUUACUUCGCGUGUUUUGUUCUACUGGAAGACACAAUUCGCCCGGCGAUUACGCUAGAGGGCUUGUACCCCAAAAUGAACUUCAAAUUUAUACAUGGAUGGACGCAACAUUGAGAGAACUAACAGGUUUGGUGAAAGAAGUGAAUCCUGAGACUAGGCGGAAAGGCACAUACUUCGAUUUUGCUAUAGUGUUCCCCGAUGCGAGAUCCCCUACAUAUCGUAUGAGAGAAAUCGGCGUGACUUGUUCGGGACAACGGGGUGGUGAUGAUAAUAAAACUCUGGCUCAAGUAAAGUUCCAAAUUGGAAACUACCUAGAUAUAUCAAUAACUCCAUCAAACAGAAUGCCACCUCCGAUGAGACGACCGCAAAACUAUAUUAAUAAUAGAUCAUAUUAAAGUAAUGAUUAAAUACUUCUUAUGCUUUGUUUUAUAA